AUGUUCCCAAUAUUUGUUUGUGUCCUUGCAAGUAACAGCAUUAACAUUCUGGCGCUAAAUCCCCGAAAACAGACACAUGCAACUCUUCAUUCAACUGCAGCAAAGAAACAAGUCAAGAAGCAAUGGAAAAGGAAUUCUGACAAAAGCUGUUCAAACUGUGAGAAACUAGAAAAUAAUUUUGAUGACAUCAAGCACACGACUCUUAGUGAGCGAGGAGCACUUCGAGAAGCAAUGAGAUGCUUAAAGUGUGCAGAUGCCCCCUGUCAGAAGAGUUGCCCAACUAAUCUGGACAUCAAGUCCUUCAUCACAAGUAUUGCAAACAAGAACUACUAUGGAGCUGCCAAAAUGAUUCUUUCUGACAAUCCACUUGGCCUGACAUGUGGAAUGGUGUGUCCAACAUCAGAUCUCUGUGUUGGUGGCUGCAAUUUGUAUGCCACUGAGGAGGGACCAAUUAACAUUGGUGGAUUGCAGCAGUUUGCUACUGAGGUGUUCAAAGCUAUGAAUAUUCCUCAGAUCAGAAACCCUUCCUUACCUCGUAUAGAAGAUAUGCCUGAAGCCUAUCACGUGAAGAUAGCUCUCCUUGGUGCAGGACCUGCAAGUUUAAGUUGUGCUUCCUUUUUGGCUCGAUUGGGCUAUUCGAACAUCACCAUAUUUGAAAAACAGGAGUACCUUGGUGGCUUAAGUACAUCUGAAAUCCCCCAGUUCCGAUUGCCGUAUGAUGUAGUGAAUUUUGAAGCUGAGCUUAUGAAGGAUCUUGGAGUGAAGAUAAUUUUUAGUAAAGGCCUUGCAGUGGAUGGGAUGACACUCCGUACCUUGAAAGAAGAUGGCUAUGAAGCAGUCUUUAUUGGAAUAGGUUUGCCACAACCAAACAGAGACAGUAUAUUCCAAGGACUGAGAAUGGAUCAAGGAUUCUACACAUCUAAAGACUUCCUACCUUUGGUAGCAAUGGCAAGUAAACCAGGGAUGUGUGCCUGUCACUCUCCAUUGCCAUCAAUACAUGGAACUGUUAUUGUACUUGGGGCAGGAGACACUGCUUUUGACUGCGCAACAUCUGCUUUACGUUGUGGAGCUCGUCGUGUGUUUGUGGUCUUCAGGAAGGGAUUCACUAAUAUCAGGGCUGUCCCAGAAGAGAUGGAACUUGCAAAAGAAGAGAAGUGUGAAUUUCUGCCUUUCCUCUCCCCUCGGAAAGUUGUACUUAGAGGUGGACAAAUUGUUGCUAUGGAGUUUGUUCGAACUGAACAAGCCAGUGAUGGAAACUGGAAAGAAGAUGAGGAUCAGGUUGUCCGUCUGAAAGCUGACGUGGUUAUCAGUGCCUUUGGCUCCAUUUUAAGUGACACUAAAGUUAAAGAGGCCAUGGCACCUAUCAAGUUUAACAGAUGGGGUCUUCCCGAAGUAGAUCCGGAAACUAUGCAAACAAGUGAACCCUGGGUUUUUGCAGGGGGUGACAUUGGUGGUCUUGCUAACACUACAGUGGAAUCAGUAAACGAUGGAAAACAAGCUUCCUGGUACAUGCACAGAUACAUACAGUCCUUACAUGGUGUCGCAGUUUCUGCUGUUCCAGAACUACCACUCUUCUAUACUCCUAUCGAUUUAGUAGACAUCAGUGUAGAAAUGGCUGGACUGAAGUUUCCAAAUCCUUUUGGCCUUGCCAGUGCGACCCCCACUACUAGUUCUUCAAUGAUUCGAAGAGCUUUUGAAGCUGGAUGGGGCUUUGCUGUCACUAAAACGUUCUCCCUGGAUAAGGAUAUUGUGACCAAUGUUUCUCCGAGGAUUGUGCGUGGAAUUACUUCAGGUCCUAUGUAUGGCCCAGGCCAAGGCUCUUUUCUAAACAUUGAACUGAUCAGUGAGAAAACAGCAGCAUAUUGGUGUAAAAGUAUUGCUGAACUGAAGGCUGACUUUCCAAACCAUAUUCUGAUUGCCAGUAUCAUGUGCAGCUAUAGCAGGGAGGACUGGACUGAACUUUCAAAAAUGGCUGAGGUUGCUGGUGCUGAUGCGCUGGAGUUAAAUUUAUCAUGUCCUCAUGGUAUGGGAGAGAGAGGCAUGGGCCUGGCCUGUGGGCAGGAUCCAGAGCUGGUACGGAACAUCUGUCGCUGGGUUAGACAAGCUGUUCGGAUUCCUUUCUUUGCCAAGCUGACCCCAAAUGUCACUGAUAUUGUGAAUAUUGCGAUGGCUGCACAGGAAGGUGGCGCAGAUGGUGUUACAGCCACCAACACUGUGUCAGGACUAAUGGGACUGAAAGCAGACAGCACACCUUGGCCAGCAGUUGGUGGAGGACUGAGGACCACAUAUGGUGGCAUGUCAGGGAAUGCUAUUAGGCCCAUCGCCCUCCGCGCAGUGUCGGCCAUAGCCCGUGCUCUCCCAGGAUUUCCCAUCUUAGCAACUGGCGGCAUCGAUUCUGCUGAAAGUGGGCUCCAGUUUCUCCACAGUGGGGCUUCUGUGUUACAGGUGUGCAGUGCAAUCCAGAAUCAAGAUUUCACUGUUAUUGAUGACUACUGCACUGGACUGCGAGCUCUUCUUUACUUGAAAAGCAUUGAGGAACUUGGAGACUGGAAUGGACAGAGUCCUGCAACCAUGCGCCAUCAGAAAGGAAAACCAGUACCUAGAAUUGCUGAUUUGAUGGGACAGAAACUACCCAGUUUUGGGCCUUACCUGGAACAACGGAAAAAGAUAAUAGCUGAGAACAAGAUUAAACUGAAGGAACAGGGCAUGGCUGCUGUGCUUCCCGAGAAAAAGCAUUUCAUUCCGAAGAAGCCUAUUCCAGCAAUCAAGGAUGUAAUUGGAAAAGCACUGCAGUAUAUUGGAACAUAUGGUGAGCUGUGCAACACAGAGCAAGUUGUGGCUCUGAUUGACGAGGAAAUGUGUAUCAACUGUGGCAAAUGUUACAUGACCUGUAAUGAUUCUGGCUACCAGGCUAUCCAGUUUGAUCCCCAAACCCACCUGCCCACAGUUACUGACAGCUGUACAGGCUGCACCCUGUGUCUCAGCGUCUGCCCUGUUAUCGACUGCAUCCGCAUGGUUUCCAGGACAACACCCUACGAACCAAAGCGCGGGCUGCCCUUAGCCGUGAACCCCGUGUGUUGAGGUGAUCGGU